AUGGCAGAUCAACGACCUGUCGUCGUUGACAAUGGAACUGGUUUCGUCAAAGUCGGUUACGCCGGCUCCAACUUUCCUGAACAUGUUUUCCCAUCCAUUGUUGGUCGACCUAUCCUCCGUUCCGAAGAGCGCGAUGCCAUCUCGAGCAACACAGGCACGCAGAUCAAGGACAUCAUGGUGGGAACAGAAGCUGAGGAGCUUCGAAACUAUCUCCAGAUCAACCAGCCCAUGGAGCACGGUAUCGUAAAGGACUUUGGCGACAUGCGUCAUGUUUGGAACUACACGUUUGACGAAAAGCUUCGCAUUGAUCCACAAGGCCGUAAGAUCCUGCUUACCGAGCCCCCCAUGAACCCAAAGAAGAAUCGCGAGGAGAUGUGUCAGAUCAUGUUUGAAGAGUAUGGCUUUGACGGUGUCUAUGUCGCUAUUCAGGCCGUCUUGACGCUCUAUGCACAAGGUCUCCAGACCGGUGUCGUGGUCGACUCGGGCGAUGGUGUUACCCAUGUUGUGCCCGUCUUUGAAGGAUUCGCGCUGCCUCAUCUCACCAAGCGUCUUGAUGUAGCCGGUCGCGAUGUGACGCGCUACCUGAUCAAGCUUCUGCUCAUGCGUGGAUAUGCAUUCAACCGAACUGCCGAUUUCGAUACGGUACGACAGAUCAAGGAGAAGCUAUGCUACGUCAGCUACGACCUCGACCUCGACAAGAAGCUCGCCGAAGAGACCACCACACUUGUCGAAUCCUACACGUUACCUGAUGGACGUGUCAUCAAGGUGGGCUCGGAACGCUUCGAAGCGCCCGAGUGCAUGUUCCAGCCUCACUUGGUCGACGUCGAACAGGCGGGCGUCGCCGAAUUGCUAUUUAACACGAUCCAGUCUGCUGCCGUGGAUACGCGUUCCGAGCUGUACAAGCAUAUUGUGCUCUCGGGAGGCUCCUCCAUGUAUCCCGGCUUGCCGAGUCGUUUGGAAAAGGAGAUGAAGCAGCUCUACCUCACACGCGUGCUCAACGGCGACGGUUCCAGGUUGAAGAACUUCAAAAUUAGGAUCGAGGACCCACCCAGGAGAAAGCACAUGGUCUUCCUGGGAGGUGCUGUGCUGGCCGACAUUAUGAAGAACCGAGAGAGCUUUUGGAUCUCGCGUGCAGAAUGGUACGAACAGGGCAAAGCUUGUCUUGAUCGUCUGGGACGCCACUCUUAG